AAAAUUGUUUAACUAUUCCAAUUUUUUUCUUUUUCCUUACUAGCGCACUUUUUUUAAAUUUAUUUUUCCUCUAGUUUAACUUCAAAUAAAGUGUUUCUUCCAUUAUUUCUUUUGAUAAUAUAUAAUAACUAAAAAUAAAACAUGACCAAACUUAUCUCAGAAUACUUAUUUCCAUUAAAAAUAUGAAAAUUUUGUCUAAUACUUAUCUGAUUAGUACAACGCACAGUACGUUAUAUUAUACUAAUUUGCAAAUUCGGCACAGCCGUAUUCCCCCCCUCCCAAUGUAAUACAUGUACAAAAAACGCAAAAUUGACUCGCCACUAAUCUCGUGCGCGUUAUUAAAUAAAAACAUCACAUCAUGACUGCUGUAGCAUUGCGCAGGCAUUGACUGCUGUAUAGAUUAUUUGUCGAUUAUUUGUCAAUGCUGGGUCAGUACUGACUAACAGAAUCUCGGCCAACAUCUGAUUGCAGUAGCAUUGGCCAAUCAUUGGCUACGUUGUCACUACUGAAGACCCUCCCUACUAAGCUUAAUUAAUAAUAUUUUUAACGCAUUUAAUUUAUUAGAAUUACGUUAAGCUGGCAUGCAAUCUAAGGCGCGUUCGGCAAGAUGCUAUUAGGGCUAUCAGCAUCAGUCUAUUCUUGUUCUACUUUUAUUAAGUAAUGAAGAUGGACUGAUGCUGGUAGCGCUGAUAACGUCUGACCGAACGCACCCCUAAAGUUAUAAAAUUGCAGAAGUACUACGUUGCUUUCUAUUCUGUGUGAUACACCAAGAAGAAUUUACAACUCUCGCGCUUGUCGGAGUAUUUUGUGCGUUUCCAGAAAGCUUUACUAUUUUCUUCCAAUAUAUUCUGUAUCGCGAACGUGAAUAUAAUUAAUAGCUAUACUUACUCGUGAAAUCGCUCAUUAACAACAAGAGUCGAAAAUGGAAGAGAUUCAUAUCCAAAUGAGAGACAACUUGCCUUCAAUAGAGCAUAUCUUACGUCCAAUAACAUAUACCUCCUGGCUUCUGGGUGCCGGUGUUGCACAUCCGCGCAAAUAUCCCAAGAUUGUCACGAUAAUCCUACGUAUAAUAUAUUUGGCCCUGUGUUUUACUGGCAUGAUAUUCCACUCGAAACAUACGAUCAAUAUCAAAGAUAUCUUCAAAAACGUAUACAACCUUUUAAACUUUAUUAAAUUGGUGAUUAGUUAUGUAUCUACGUAUUAUUGGAUUUACCAAGUGAUAAAGCAAUACGACAAGUGGCCGGAGCUAAUGGAUAAAAUAAAAGAGUUAGAACGGAGGAUUAGAAGGGAAAUACCUAUAAAUGACAAGCCAGUAAAAAUCUUGGAAGCGUUAGCGAUUCUAGUGACGCUAAUUUGUUGUCCUUUGUGCAUAAUUGUGGACAUCUUGCACUAUUAUUUUACACAUCCAGAUAUGUACGAGAUAUUUUAUGCACGAGAUAUUUACGAUAUAAUACUUUACUAUAUGUUGGCUCAAUCCCUCAUCAACAGUUUUGUCUUUGACAUUGUUGUCUAUGUGCUGUAUUAUAGAUUACAAACGAUAAAUAAAUUGAUUGGCCAAUUGAAUGAGCUAUCUGACGCGUUUAAGAUUAGACGCAUCCGAGAAAUGCAUAAUGGUAUUUGUGACCUUUUUAUCAUGGUAAAUGAUAUUUAUGGUUUUAAUCUUCUCAUCUGUUCGGUGAACUGUCUUGCUAUGGUUCUAUUUGAACUAUCCGCAAUCUACUUGGUAGUUACGGAAAAUAAUACGCCUUCGUUGAUGUAUUAUGUUUAUAUUAUUACUUGUUUGAUUUUGUACAUCACGCAAUUUGGUCUGAUGUGUUGGAAUUGCACGCUUGCGCGUCGAGAAUUCCACAAGACUGGGAUAAUUAUAUAUGCAAUUGUAUUGAAUUUUAAACAUGCGAAUUUUGAAUUAAAAGGUAGGAGGAGUCAAUCAAAUUUAGAAAUGAGAACAUUAUUGGAAGGUCCAAACAGCUGGCAAAAUUCUGUUUGGAACACCAGUCACUAUCUGAACAACAUCGUCGUAGAAAAUUUGCAACGUCGUCGUACAGAAAAUCUACGCAAAAACUUGAAUUGUGAAAGUAGAAACGAGAUAAAUGAUUUUUUGAUUCAAUUACAACAUCGUCAAAUAAUUUUUACGGCCUGUGAUUUCUUCAAAAUAAAUAAUGGAGCGUUUAGUGGUUUUAUUGGCAUAAUCAUCGCUUACAUGACAAUCUGUAUUCAAUUUUAUGAACGUCCACAGAAAUAACUUCUAAAUAAUAAAGUAUAGCAAAUUUUGUUUGUGAGGGAUACAGCGAGCUGUAGCUAAUGUGUCGCAAUAUACGCAAUUUAAUGUAUCAGAAUUGCAAAUGUAGUAUGUCGUCUUUUAUUCUUACGUGAAAUAUAAAGGAGAAUUCAUGACGCUCG